AUGCCUGUCAACUACCUAAUCUUGCUCAGCCGCCAGGGCAAAGUGAGACUUGCCAAAUGGUUCGUCACGCUGUCUCCAAAGGACAAAGCAAAGAUUGUUCGCGAUGUGUCCCAGCUGGUCCUAUCUCGAAGGACACGCAUGUGCAAUUUCCUUGAAUACAAAGACAGCAAAGUCGUCUAUCGUCGAUAUGCUUCGUUGUUCUUCAUUGCCGGCUGCGACUCCACAGACAACGAACUGAUCACCCUCGAGAUCGUUCACCGCUACGUUGAGCAAAUGGACAAGUACUAUGGCAAUGUCUGCGAACUAGACAUCAUCUUCAACUUUCAAAAGGCAUACUUCAUACUGGAUGAGUUGCUUCUCGCUGGCGAGAUGCAGGAAAGCAGCAAGAAGAAUGUUCUCCGCUGCAUCAGCCAAGAGGACAGCCUCGAAGACAUGGAGGUAAGUGAUGUUAGGGCUGUGCUCUGA